GUCGCGUCGAGGUGUUGGUGGAGAGACCUGAGAGGACGGAGUGUGUCGGGUCACCGACGCUUCAGGAGAAUUUAGCUCUCCAGAAAUACCCGAAAGGCGGAUAAGUUUUGGUUCAGAAUGCGUCCUUGAUCCACUGGACUUGUUUCAAAACGGAGGGAAAAAAAACAACAAAAAACCCCAAACCUUCUGACAUAAAGCUCCGCUGUUUUUUCUAUUCCUGGAGAGCUUCGUGUCCAAACAUGAUCGGGAGAGGACUGUUCAUAGUGACAGUAUUGUCCAACUGCGUUCUGUCAUUGCCAGUGACUUCAAGUCAGCUGGAGAAUGAAGACGUGAAGGUGAUGAAAUGUAUCGUUGAGGCGUUGGCAGACGUGUUAUCAAGGCCGCACCCCGUGCCUGUCAGUCAGGAGUGUCUGGUCUUAUUGAGGACAGAUGACAGACUUGUGACAAUCCUUCGCCAUCAAAACUUUCUGAAGGAGCUGCAGGAGAUCGCUGUGCACGGAGGCCAAGAAAGAGCUCAGGUGCAAAGAGACGCGGCUGCACCUGCUGCGAUGACACAGACUCCUCAGACUCCUCAGACUGCAGACGCCGCUUCUGAUCGAUCCAUGCUGGAGGCCUUGGGAAGCAUCGGCGAACGAUCCAUCCUCUCCCAGAAAAGAAAGACAGAAAAUGGGGACGGAGGAGAAGAAAAGGCUGAGAGCCUCAAAGAUGGAGACUCUCGGGAGGACAGUGUUGACAUCAUGGAGGAGACGCCGGUGAAGAGGGAAGAGGACGAGAGCCCAGGAAGUCACGUCUCUGAGUCUGUGGAUGAGUGGAGAGAGGGGAAGGCUGGAAAACGGGAGGAUGAGGAUGAGGAUGAGGAGGAAGAAGAAGAAGAAGAAAAGAGAGCACAUUCAGAGGAGAGUUCAGAGGAGGAGGAAAAGGAAAACCUGUCUAAGAAGGAGAAAGGUGCUGCAUCUGAGGACAAGCGAGAUGCACCCAGGCACAAAUCAAAAGAGCAGACUCUAGGUGAGGAAGGUGAGGAGGAGGAGGAAGACAAGAGAUCUUCGUUUCUCUCAAACAAACAUGAGGAGGAAGAGGAAGGUGACGUGAAGAGAGGGAGCAAGGAAAGCGGCAAGCAGUGGAACAAGAGAGGCAAAGGCUUGCGACUGAAGAAGAAAGCCGAGAGGAAGGAGGCGCAGCAGCUCGCACAUCAUUCGAAGGAGGCUGCAGAGGACGAGGAGGCGAAGAAGAAAAGAGAUGCACAGAAGAGUCCAGAGGAGAAGGAGCUGCAGAUGAUCGCAGGAAGGUCACCAGAGGAGAGGAAGGGUUUGGAGGAAGAGGGGAGCGCCAGUAGAAAGUCAGAGGAACCUGAGAUUGAAAGCCUGGCAGCCAUUGAGUCAGAGCUGGAAAAUGUUGCCCAGAAACUCCAUGAGCUGCGACGAGGCUGAGAGAGAGAGAGAGAGAGAGCUAGAGAGAGAGGGUGAGCGAGAGAGAGAGACUGGUUGACACUGCUGCAACCUCCUUUGCCUCCUUUGCCUCCUCGUCCUCCUCCGCUUUACCAGAUGCCUGGUUUCCAUAGAUAGUGUGUGAAUAUGUGACAAGUUUUUAUCUUUUGCUGUUUCUCUCGAGGAUGUCCACACUGCUACAGUCUCCCACGCCUCCCUCCGUCCCUCCCUCCCUCACGGACACACGCACACACACAUACUGUAAAAAACAAAACAAAUGCACCCGUUUCUCUGCAUUAAAACACAAAUCACAACACAACAUUCAGCAAGGCUCCUGAAGGGGGAAAAUCUCUCCCAAGUGAAAGACGACAGUUUGCCUUUUUUCUUUUUUCUCCUCUCUGACAAUCAUCGCUGCCUUUCUUUGCCAAUGCGUGUCGCCUGCUUUUCAGAUUAUUUUUGAAUCCUGCACACUGAUUUAUGUGAAAGGUUAAGGCAGAUCCAGGUAUAAACACACUAUCACCAUGAGUUUGUACAUGUACACGGCUCUUUCUUGAGAUGCUUACUUAAUUAUUAUAAGGAACAAGAAUAGAUACAUGCCUGUUUAUUAUUCUAAAUACAGUCGAGUCUAGUCACGCCAAGGCAAUAAGUGAACAUUUUUAGCAGACAAAAUGGCCAGAUUGUAAUCUGAAACUGUAUGAAAUUUGUGUAAGAAAACAAAUAAAUUUGAAUCUGGAAAGCUG